AUGGAAAAAGUAAAAAAUGACUCAAGUGGUACUUUCUUCAUUGAUGGUCCAAGGGGAACGGGGAAGACUUUUUUAUACAAAGCACUUCUAACUGCUGUAAGAGGUCAACAUUUCAUUGCUUUGGCAACAGCGUCCUCUGGAGUCGCCGCGUCUUUGUUACCUGGAGGUCGCACAGCUCAUUCAAGAUUUAAAAUUCCUUUAGAAACAAUUGAUGAAGUGAAUUGUUCUGUUAGCAAUCAAUCAGCUUCAGGAAUAAUGUUGCAAAUGUGUAGGUUAAUAAUUUGGGAUGAAGCGCCUAUGGUAAAUCGUUGCACUAUUGAAGCUGUAGACAGAAUGCUUAGAGAUAUUACUGAUUCUAACUUGCCUUUCGGUGGGAAAGUGAUAGUUUUUGGAGGAGAUUUUCGACAAGUUCUUCCAGUGGUACCGAGAGGGAAAAAAGAUGAUGUAAUGAAAGCUAGCUUGGUCUUUUCAGACCUAUGGCCGUCCUAUUUACGUUUACCAUUGGUUGAGAAUAUGAGGGCAAAAUCAGAUCCUAUGUUCUGUACUUACUUACUCAGAAUUGGAAAUGGAACAGAAGAAGAACAUACUUAUUUUACUCGAACAAAUUCCUGGUAUUUUUCCACAUACUAUAGUUUUGAUGAAGCAAUUGACAAAUCGGAACAAAGCUUGCACGAAGAUUUCUUGAAUACUUUGACACCAAAUGGUAUUUCACCGCAUGAAUUGAAACUUAAGGUAAAUUGUCCUGUAAUGUUACUACGGAAUAUUAAUCCUUCCGAAGGAUUAUGCAAUGGAACACGCCUUACUUGUCGAAAAUUUGAGAAAAACGUAAUUCUUGCUGAAAUUACAACUGAAUCUCCUUUCUUAACCCUAAACAAAACUCUAGCUUACUUUCUCAAAACUCUUGCCCUUGUUCUCAAACUUUCAGAUUUUGCAACCCAACGGCUAAAGGAAAGAUCCAUUUGA